AUGGUUGAGGCAAAACGUGUCCAAGAGGGUGCCGUCGAUACGCUCAAGGCCUUCUUCCAGGCCAACCCAUCGGUCGACUUUGUCCGGUUGCAAUGGGUGGACUACUCGGGAAUCCUGUACUGCCGCGUCGCAACCAAGACGUUCGCUCUGGCAUUAGCAGAAAGGAAGGCGACCUUGAACAUGCCAUGCUCCAUCCUUUUGGCCCAACUGAUCAACGUCGCCCUGGUGAUGGACGAGCUCGACACCGGCGCGGAUCAGAUCUGCCCGGACUGGUCCAGUCUCAAAAUCAGCAAAGAAUUCCGACUGUGCCCACGAUCUCGACUGCAGGAGAUUAUUCGCUCGGCCAAGGAGCAGCACGAUAUCGAUUUCCUCGUGGGAACUGAGAUCGAAUUCUACAUUGUGGACGGCGACCAGUCCGUGCAGAUGGUGCCCAAUCCCUCCUCCGCGGCCAGCUUGCGAAACCGAUUCCUGCCCAUCGUCGAAGAGAUCGUGGACUGCUUGAUAAAUGCCGGGAUUGCAGUGCAUCAAUUCCACAGCGAGGGCUCUCCUGGCCUGUUUGAGAUUUCCCUCGAGCCACUGCCGCCCGUCGAAGCCGUCGACGCGGUGGUGUACGGCCAGGAGACGAUCAAGACCGUUUGUGCCAACCACGGCCUGCGCGGCACCAUGUUCCCCAAACCCUUCGAGAAGCUGUUCACCGCUGGAUUGCAUUACCACCUCUCCAUCUCUCGGGUGGAUAAGCAAGAAUCUUUCCUGGCGGGUCUGCUAGGCAGUUGGGCUUCGUUGGCAGCCUUCUGCAUGCCAAACUACGACAGCUACACCCGGGUCACACGCGGACAGGACGUCUUUUGGGGCUACGAGAAUCGAACGGCCAUGAUCAGGAAGGUCAGUGACGGGCACUGGGAACUACGGGCACCGGAUGGCACGUCGAAUCCUCAUUUAACACUGGCGGCGAUAUUGGCAGCCGGGCUCAAGGACGUGGAGGAAGGGAAGCCAUUAACCGUGCAAGACCCGAAAGGAUACGUGUUUGAACCCCUCACCCAGGAACAGAGAACCGAGUUGGGAAUCACAGACGCGAUGCCACAGAGCUUGGAAGCGGCGCUGGAGGCAUUGCGCGCAGACAAGACAUUGCCCGAUGCGUUGGGGGCGGAGAUUGUCGAGAAAUACCUGAAAAUCAAAACGAUGGAGGAGCAAGCUUUCCGUGAGAUGACGCUCCAGAAGAGAAAGAGCGUCUCCAUGAACUUUUUCUGA